AUGAGUAAGGUAUCUGAUAAUAUAAAAAAUGUGGAUGAUCAAAGAAAACAUUUUGAUGAAAAGGAAAAAAAAAAAUUAUUUCUUUAUGGAUACGAGCAGCAGUUGUUAUAUGGCAGAAUAAAUUGGAAAUUGGCUGAGAAAAAAAAAAUAACCAAACAUUCCAUAACAACCAUGAAAAAUUACUGGAAUAAUAGUAUAGCAAAUUGCCUACCUCAAUUCAUUGAAAAUUAUUCAAGAGAUGUCGAAAGAUUGAAUGAGAUGAAAAAACAAAAUAAAAUGAAAAAUAUAAAAAAAGGAAAAAUAAAAAAGAACGACAAUAAAAAAAAGACUGCUACUCCUAAGGUUCAAUUUACCAAACAAAGGUCUAACAUAUCUAUGAAUAGAGUUAUCAAAGGAGCUAGUCUUGAUUAUAAAAAAUUGAGCACAAACACAUUUCGAAACAAACAAAUUGUUGUUAAUUCCAUUUUAAAGAAAAAAAAAACUAUGAAUAAAAUUAUCGACAAAAAAAAUAAACUAGUAUCAUUAAAAACCAAAAAUGUACAUUUGAAAAAAGAUAUACAUAAACCCACUAAAACAAAAAUUGUACAAGGUCUAUCUAAAAAAGAUAAGAAAAAAGAAAAUACAUAUACAACUAAAGUGUUGUUAAAGGAAGAUAAAAAGACCGCAAAUAAAGGGAAAAAAGAAGACAAAGGAAAGAAGGACGACAAAAAAGAUGAUAAACUAAAAAAUAAAAUCAACAAAAAAGAUCUUAAAUAUGAUAAUAAAUCACAAAAAUUAGACAAACAUAAAAAAGAGGAAAAAUAUGAGAAACUAAAAACGGACAAAUUCAAAAAUGAUAAAGGGAAAAAUGACAAAGUGGAAGAUAAAAAUGUAGACAAAACAAAAAAAGAUGGAGAUAAAAAAAAAGAAAAAAAUGAAGAAAAAAUUAAAUUAGAUGACAAAAAUAAAAAGGAUAAAAUUAAGAAAGACAAAAAGGACGAAAAAAAAGAUGAAAAAAAGGAUGAAAAGAAGGAUGAAAAGAAGGAUGAAAAGAAGGAUGAAAAGAAGGAUGAAAAAAAAGAUGAUAAGAAAGAUAAAAUAAAAAAAGACAAAAAGGAAGAUAAGAAGGAUAAAAAAAGUGAAAAAAAGGACGAUAAAAAAACAAAAAAAAAUAUUAUAAAAAAUUCGAAAGGGAAAAAAUAA